AUGGUGUCAGAAAAGCAUUUUCCUGGGGAAAAAGAUGUACCCAUGUCCUCGGAGAAAGAUGAAAAACCAGAUGCAGUUAAAAUAGCAAUCUUGUUGAAUCUAAUCGGUGAUGAAGGUGAGAAUAUCCAUAACACCUUUAAGUUAGAAGAUAAUGAAAAGACAUUUAAUAGUAUUAUUAAAAAAUUUGAUGAUUAUUGUUUUCCACAAAGUAACGAAGUUUUUGAACGGUUUAAAUUUUUCUCCUGCUCUAAAAAGGAUGGUCAAAGCAUUGACAACUAUGUGACAAAACUGAAAACUCUAUUUGCUUCGUGUAAUUUUGGAGACCAGGAAACCAGCUUGAUUCGAGAUAGAAUAGUACUUGGAGUGAAAGACACUGGACUGCAAGAGCGAUUACUUAGAGAGCCCAGUCUGGGCUCUCUAAGCAAGGCUGUUGACAGUGUUCGUGCAUGUGAACUCAGCAGAAGACAAGUUGAAACUAUUAAUGGGUCAACAAAUAGCAGUAGUAUUGAUGUGAUUCAAAAGCAAGGGCAAGGUAGCAGUUAUGCUCGAAAUCCGUAUCCUAAUGUGGACUGCCAGUCAUGUGGUAGAAUGCACAAAAGAGGGCAGUGCCCUGCAUAUAAUGAUCUAUGCAAUAAGUGUAAAAAAAAGAAUCAUUUUGCUGUGAUGUGCAAAGGUAAGUUCAACUAUAACAAAAAUGUGAAUGAGGUACAAUUUGCCUGUGACUCUAAUAGUAGUGACAAUAAUGAUAUUUGUCUUUUUGUUGAUAAUGUGCUUAAUGUUCACUCGGUAAAUUGUAAUGAAUGGCUUAAAACAAUAUCAAUUGAGGGUCAGCAGGUGUCUUUUAAGUUAGAUACUGGGGCACAAGUAAAUGUUUUGCCUGUGCAUAUUUUCGAAACAUUAAAUUUGAAAAAAAGUUUAAGCUCAACUGAUGUUGUUUUAGUGUCGUAUGGAAAUAACAAGUUGGAACCUAUUGGUUCCAUAGAUUUAAUGUGCUGCACUGACAAAUAUUCUGAUGUGUUACUUAAAUUUAUUGUAAUUGAUGUGAAAUCGAAGCCUAUCCUAGGUUUACAAGCUUGUGAAGAGCUACAAUUGGUUAAAUGCAUUGAUACUCUUGAAUCUAAAAUAAAAGUAGUUGAAAAAUAUAAAGUUGUAUUUGAGGGAUUGGGAAAGUUUCCUGGGGAACCUUGUCACAUUGAGGUAAAACCGGAUGUUGCUCCUGUAAUAAAUGCUCCUAGAAGAGUGCCUCAAUCCUUAUAUAAAGAGUUAAGAAAAACCUUUAAUGAAUUAGAGAAGUUAGGCAUUGUAUCUGAAGUUAAUCAGCCAACAGAUUGGGUUAAUAGUAUGGUAGUGGUUGAAAAGCCUAAUGGGAAACUACGGAUAUGCCUUGAUCCUAGAAAUCUUAACAAAGCGAUAAAACGUGGGCACCAUGCAAUACCAUCC